UUUGAUUGGACGGCUGUGAGUUUGUUUCAGACAUGGCCGAAACUACCGGAGAGGGAGCGCAAGGAGGAUCCUUUUUUAACAAAGAGAGAAUAAAAUACAGCCCCGAGGAGGAGGCCCGGCUCGAGAGGCAGCACUUCUGGAGAAUAAUCGAUGCUUUUAGAUUUUACAGGGUCCACGUCCAGGAGCAGGUGAAGCGUGCCGAGCGCCAGUUCCUGAGCCUCCCGCAGCGCCACCAGAACCUGCUGCCAAACGUCCUGUCCAACCUGGCCCGGAUCAGCCAGUGUGCGGACCACAACCAGGACAUCCUGCAGGCCAUCGUUCACAACAGCCUGCACAUGUUCGAGAACAUCGAGUACGGCGAGAGGGAGGAUCCACGGAAGGUGCGUCCCUCCACUACGUUCGACAUGGACAAGCUCAAGUCCACCAUAAAGCAGUUUGCCCGAGACUGGAGCGAGACGGGCCGCGCCGAGAGGGACACCUGCUACAAGCCCAUCAUCCAGGAGAUCCAGAGACUCUUCCCAAGUGACCAAUAUGAUGUGUCUAAGGUGAGCGUGCUGAUUCCGGGUGCCGGGCUCGGCCGCCUCGCCUGGGAGAUAGCGCGGCUGGGCUACAUCUGCCAGGGCAACGAAUGGAGCUUCUUCAUGCUCUUCUCUUCCAACUUUGUUCUCAAUAGGUGUGAGAAGGUGAACUCUCUGACCCUGUACCCCUGGAUCCACCAGUUUAGCAACAACAAGAAAUCCUCCGACCAAACCCGACCAAUCAUCUUCCCCGACAUCAACCCUCAGAGCUUACCGCUGGACGCAGACUUCUCCAUGGUAGCCGGAGACUUUGUGGAAGUCUACCGGGACUCAGAUUCCUGGGACUGCGUGGCGACUUGCUUCUUCAUCGACACGGCUCAUAACGUCAUUGAGUACGUGGAGACGAUCUGGAAGAUUCUUAAGCCCGGUGGAGUCUGGAUCAACCUGGGUCCGCUGCUGUACCACUUUGAGAACAUGGCCAAUGAGCUCUCAGUCGAGCUGAGCUACGAAGACAUCCGGACAGCCAUCGUUAACUUUGGCUUCCACAUAGAGGUGGAGAAACCGUCCGUUCAGACGACCUACACGGAGAACGACCGCUCCAUGUUGAGAUACAUCUACGACUGUGUUUUCUUCGUGGCACGAAAACCUGCAGAACUGUACUUCACCGAAGAAGAAGAAGACGAAGAAGACGACCAACAACAGAGUUCUCCGCCGGCCGCCAAGUCGCCGCGGCGAGAAGGUACCGACAUGCUGACGUGACAACAACAACAACAGAGGACUUAGAGAGGUCGUGCCACCGUUGACCAAGACUGACAAAAUGAGAAAGAGAGAGAGAGAGAGAGAGAGAGAAGUAAACGGAUACGGAAGGAAAAACUAAUCAUUGGACAUACAUUUUACAUUUUCCUUUUUCUUUUCUUUUCGUCACAUAUUUUUGACUGAGAAAUGAGUAAAAACCGCGCAGGCCCCGUGCUGUUUAGCACCUUUUUUUUAAAGAAAUAAAUCGUCCAACAGCUCUUCCUUGAACAGGUUGAACGUUGAACGAUAAGAAAAAGUCUUCGGGGGGAGAAACGGAAAACACACGAAGACUUCUUGCUGCAGCAUCACCUUUUUAUUAUCCCUUCUGUUGUCGUCCUCUCGACCAGGAAACUUAAUUAAUAAUGAUAUGUUUUAUUCAUACAGCGCUUCUCAAACACUCAGACACACACACGCACACACGUAUAUACACACACACACACACACACACGUAUAUACACACACACACACACACACACACACACACACACACACACACACACACACACACACACACACACACACACACACACACACACACACACACACAUACACACACACAUCUCCACCCAUGGGCAGAAAACUGCUAAGAAACAAUCUGUAGAUUCUGUUUGGGUCUGAUGAACACAGACAGACAGACACACACGUACACACACAAG